AUAACUAUUAUUUUGGAAACAAUAUGAAACUUAAAUUUACAAACAUUUGUUUAAUUAUAUUACUGGUGCCCAUUGUUAAUGGGAUAACACGUAAAGAACUUGUCGAUUAUGCCGUUCGGCAAUACAAUAGAGUAACACAAACUGUAAAAACUGGAGUUCAAUAUCCAUCUAUAGGAAAUCCCUGGUCAGCCCAGUGGGAGGUAACGCCUCCCGUUGAUAAUCAAUGGACGGCUGGAUUUUAUCCCGGAAUUCUUUGGCAUUUAUAUAACUAUACCAAAGAUGAUCACUGGAAACAAUUGGCUACAAAAGCUACUGAUGCCAUGUAUAACGAUCAAUAUAAUACGUGGCAACACGAUAUCGGUUUUAUGAUAAUGUGCUCAUAUGGUAAUGCAUACGAGUUUACAAAAAAUCCAGAUUAUCCUAAAAUUAUAGUCAAUGCGGCCAAUCAUUUGGCCAAACGUUUCAAUCCUAAAAUUGGAUGCACCCGUUCGUGGGACAGCGGACACGAUGGCCAGUUCCUCGUCAUUGUAGACAAUGUCAUGAAUUUGGAACUACUAUUCGAGGGUUGGAAGCAUUCUGGAAAUGAAACCCUGUAUGAUAUGGCGGUCUCGCAUAUAAAUGUCACUUUAAAAGAGCAUUUGAGAUCUGAUUAUAGUCAUUAUCAUGUCGUGUCCUUUAAUGAAUCAAACGGUAGAGUCAUCAGAAAGUUUACAGCUAUGGGUUACGCUGACUGGUCGUGUUGGUCACAGGGACAGGCAUGGCUCGUGGCUGGACUUACAAUUGCCUAUAGAUAUACUAAAGCUGACUAUAUAUUAAAAGCGGCUCAAGGUGUYUCCAAUUAUUUUAUUGAUCACUUAGCUGAUGAUGGUAUAGCUCACUGGGAUUUUAGUGUACCUCAUGAUCCUCAGCACAGGUAUAUUCCACGCGACACAGCGGCUGCUUCUAUAGCAGCCAAUGGAUUGAUAGAGUUGUAUAGCUAUACUAAAAAUGAGAAAUAUUUGAAUGCAUUUAAUAAAAUUAUGAAUUCUCUUAACACAAGUAAAUAUAAAGCCGAUGGAAAUCGUGAUUAUAAAAUACCAGCCCUUUUGGUAAACGGCAGUACCGAUGCCCACCUACACGACUCGGCACUUAUUUUUGGUGAUUACUAUUAUGUUAAAGCAUUUAGAUAUGUGCUUUAA